AUGGAGCACUCCCUUAUUUUCGACCUUUCAAGGAGUUUGCUAAAGCACCUUGACAGUUCUGGUGCAAACAAGUCCAGUGAAGAGCUGCUGGAGGAGGUCAACGCUCUUCCAGGAGAUGAAGAACGCGUCGCCUUCAUCAAGACCUUGCUCAAGAAUUUCCAACCGCCAGAGCUCAUGUUUGAAAAUUCAAAGGACUCAAAGUCCGUCGAGUCCAUUUACUUUGCUAGUGUCAAACGUUCCAUAGAGACGCACGACAUGGAAUUCGCUUUGGCCAAACUGAGCAAAGGCCUGGCCCGCAUUCCAAAGGACCAAAGUGAACUGUUGUUCCAGGCGUUGUCGCUCAGGUCGGACAUCCUGCUGUGCAUGCGCCAGUUCAGCGCUUGCGCAAAUGACGUCAGGGUCGCCCUGACCUUGACCCUUGACGCCGGGGAAGGCGAAAAAUUAAAGUACAAACUCGACUUGUGCCACAAGUACUUGGAAAAGGUCAAUGACCUGUCAGAGGCCAACGCCGGAGACAUGGAGCAAGAGUUCGGUGACCCAAUGAACACCAACAGGGCAUUCGAAAGUGUUCAGAAGUUGACCUUGACCGCGGUCAACCCUCUUGUGCCGUGCGCUAGCGACGCCUUGAAACUAGUGGACGACGCCAAGACUAAAAUUCGUCACUUUGUGGCUGCCAGGGAAAUUAAACCUGGCGAGGUUUUGAUUGUGGAGGAACCACUGGUGUCGCACCUGAACCCUGAGUGUCUGGAUAGGUGCAGCUGCUGCAUGCAAACGAGCUUCAAUUUAGAUCCUUGCGACACUUGCCGUUGGGAUAUGUACUGCAGCGCGCAGUGCAAAGAAGAGGCCAAGAAGGUCCACUGCAAGGAGUGCGCCCUGAUGCCCACCCUUCUUUCGGGAGGGGCUGAAAGCAACGUUCUCAACCUAUUGAAACUUGUGCUCGACCUUGACCUGAACACCAUCUGCGAGGCCAAAAAGGACCCGGAGCUCGGCGUCUCCAAGCCUCUGCUCUCAAGUGACCUCAACUCGCUCUUCCUGCUUCGUCCCUGCGAAAUUGAGGACAAGUCCAUGUUGGUGCUGUUCUUCACAUUUUGGGCCAAACUGCUGGGCUUCGAUGACCAGAGUCCUGACUUUGACCGGCUCGUUGUCGCCAUGGGUCGCCUUCUGCCCGUCGUCUCGGCCGCCUCAUUCAGCAUCGACCAAGUGGUUCUCACUGGAGGGUAUCUGGGCGAAGACUCGCACGGAGGCAUCGGUCUCGGGGUUUUCCCCGUGACUGCACUUGUUGCGCAUUCCUGCUCACCAAAUUCAAUGGCGUUCAACGUGGGUCGACACUUGAUUCUCCAGGCAACGAGGGUGAUCGCUCCUGGCAGCAAGAUCACGCAGUGUCUCUACCCUGAGGCCGAUUUCCUCAAAGUCGAGCGUCUUCUUCGCCAGAGUCGCAUGCAGGACUCUUGUUUCCAGUCCAGCAGCCUGGCCGAGUGCAAUUGCGAGGCCUGCAUUCACGACUGGCCCGUCUUGGACAAACUGGACGGUUGCGAUCCCAAAGACCUCGAGGUCAACAUGCUCGUCGAGUCGCCCCUGACCACCGACCUGCUGCCCAACGCCCUUUCCAAGGCUGAAGAAAUGGAGCAGUUGGGCCAGAAGCACACCAGGGAGUUCCACCUGCUGCAGGAGCAAAUCAGGAUGACUCUGGCGCGCCAGGGCAACGUGUGCAGGCUGCGGCCGAGAAGCUCCUUGGUCACCCUCAGCAACAUUUUCGUUGACUAAACGCAUAUUUUGAAUAAAGGCGACCCAGUUUUUGUUUGAUUUGGGCGAACGUUUACUUAAUUGCAGAGGUUGGAGAGAUGGAAAUUUAUUGCUGAAAUUUUAAUUGCUGCGUUCUCUUUAGCCAGACUGCAUUUUAAAGAUUGAGUUGUUGCCGAAAUAACCACUUAAAAUAUGCUUGACAGAUUACAUCGCUGGAGAAUGAGUAAUUUUUUGUGUAAUUAGUGCCGCUGGGCUAUAAAACUUUAAUUAAACACGUCUGCUUAGAGUG